AAUCAGUAACAAUUGUCACUAUGAAGCAGUUCGCAUUCUUUGGAGUAUUCUUUUUGUUGCUGGCCGUUGCAAUGGCAACUACGAUGCCAGAAAUGCCAACCAUGCCAAUGCCAGGUAAAAAUUUUGGUAGGAUGAUAAAGUCCGGUUUGCUCAAACAGAGCGCUGGACAACAGGGUCCACCACAAGGUCAACCACCACGGCCGCCACCUGGCCACAACCAAGCUGAAUAAGGCAAACAUUUUCGGAAUUAAUUGAUUUUCACUGGACUUCGAUUUGCUUAAUAUGUUGGGAUAAAUUAGAUUACUUGAAAUGGUUGCACAGCAAUUUCAAUAAACAUUUUGCAUACGAAUAUA